UCACUACUGUAUUUCGUGUAUGUAAACAAACAGGGAAGGAAGUGUGUUGUGUUGGUGGUUGUGUGUUUUUGUAUGAGAAGUUAUCGUAAUUGAUGAUCAGGUUUUUGAAAAAUGAAUUACACCUCUGUAGUGUCUCCACGAGUAUUUAAAGCUAUUCAGAACGUUGAUGUAGCUGAACUUUCAAAAUGUACCUCGAAAGAAAUCCGACCUAUUCUGCCAUGCCUGGUACGAAUGAGCUUAAUCUCCCCCCAUGACAUCACGAGAGACUGCGCUGAAGGCAGAAAGGAAAUUUUGACGCUUCUAUCGGGGAUUGAACAUGUCAACUCCAUCGUUGCACUCUUAUCCAUUGAUUUUCAUGCAUUGGAGAGUGACGUAAAAAAAGAGCAACAAUUGAGGCAGAAGUUGGGAAGUUCUCAAUCGGAUAGCAUACUUAUUCAGUCACUACAAAAUGGGCUGGCACUGGAAUUCGAGCGCAGCGACUCAACUCGAAGACUCCGGCUUGUACUGAGUGAAUUGUUGUUCAUAUCGUCACAGAUUCAUGAACAACAACGGGGACCAGACUUUUAUGUAAAACAUUCUGAUUUAUUUGACAAUGCUGUAUACAUUGAGGAAGUCUGUGAUGUAAUUUGCAUUGCACUUGCAGAACUUCCAGCAGUCUUAAAUACUUUGGAUAUUGUGGAAACACUUUUACAUAUUAAGAAUGGCCCCGAAAUCAUUUGUUGGAUAGUUGCAAAUUCACCAGACUGCUUCAGAGAAGUUUGCACAAGUCUCAUAGCAAAUGGUGAACGUCAAGAAGAAGACAAUGUUGGGAGCAGAACAAGAAUACAAGCACUUAGCAUGCUUUGUCAGAUGAAUCCCUCCCAAGCCCUUGCCAUCAGAGCUAAAUGUGUGGAGCUGUGUCGACUUCCAGGCCUCGCCAUCACACUAAGUCUAGAGCAUGCUGGUCGUACGGUAGGAGCAGAUGCUGAGGGAGACAUGGUUGCCUUUGUAUCAGGAUUACUUCUGGGUAAUGAUCAGCAAACUCGCAGCUGGUUUGCGCUGUUUGUUCGCAAUGGACAAAAGCGUAAAUGGGAAUCGCAUACAGCAUUGCAGUUGCUUCGUGAUGAAUUGCUUCGUCGUCUUCAGACCAUUGUGCUGUUUUCUCUAGACAGCCAGCUGCCAGAUUCCUGUGUUGUACAGGCAUCAGCUCUACUAAGAUUAUACUGUGCAUUGCGUGGCAUUGCUGCUAUAAAGUUCCAGGAAGAGGAAGUGUCACUAAUAGUACAGCUUUUGACAUCUCAUCCCCCACCAUCUCCUGCUGGAGUCCGAUUUGUGUCACUGGGUCUUUGCAUGCUCAUUGCUUGUCCCUCUCUCAUCAGUCAACAAGAACAUGAAAAGCGAAGCAUAGAGUGGGUUCAGUGGCUUGUUAGGGAAGAAGCAUAUUUUGAAAGCUCAAGUGGAGUGACAGCAUCAUUUGGAGAAAUGCUGUUACUUAUGGCAAUCCAUUUCCACAGCAAUCAGCUAAGUGCUAUCUGUGAACUAGUAUGUUCCACCCUUGGAAUGAAAGUACAGAUACGUUCCAACAACAUGACACGAAUGAAACAAAUUUUCACACAGGAGAUUUUUACAGAGCAGGUUGUGACAUCACAUGCUGUGAAAGUGCCAGUUACAGCCAAUCUCAAUGCUGACAUUCCAGGAUUCCUGCCAAUCCAUUGCAUUCACCAGCUGCUGAAGAGCAGAGCAUUCACAAAACACAGGGUGCCCAUCAAGGACUGGAUUUACAAGCAGAUAUGCAGCAGUGUCUCGCCCCUUCAUCCCCUAUUACCAGCUUUAGUGGAGGUUUAUGUCAAUUCUAUAUUGGUACCAAGCUCUAAAGCACACAACUUGGAACAUACAAACCAACCCCUUGAUGAAGAAGAAAUCCAGAGGGUCUUUCAGAAUUCAGUUCCGAAUACACAGUCUGUUGUUGGCAAGAGUGCUGGCAGCCAAAAUGCCGAAGCAGCACCAUCCCUAACAUCACAGUUGUUGCUGCUGUACUACCUGCUGCUGUAUGAAGAUGUCAGACUGGCCAACAUUCAUAACCAUGCAGCUGCCGGUCGCAAAGUGAAGAGUUACUCUGCUGAAUUUCUCGCUGAGCUGCCUAUCAAAUAUUUACUGCAGCAGGCACAGAAAGAUCAACAAAGCUAUGCAGGCCUAUUUUCUCCCUUGUUGAGAUUACUUGCAACACACUUUCCUCACUUGUCUCUUGUUGAUGACUGGCUUGAUGAAGAACCAAGGGUGCAUGUUACUGAGAGCCAUGACCAGGCACCAGUCACAGUAGCUGCCAUAGAAGAAGCAUUCAGCCAUAUUUCCACAUGUCCAUCAAGAACUGCUCAAUUGUUAAGACAGCUGUUAAAUAUGCCAGCAACUAGUGUAUGGCCUUUUGCUGAAACCAUCAUAAGUUAUUUCAAAUCUUUGCUACAUGAGAAUGUACCUCGAUAUAUACAAGAACUGUAUAGAAGAGUAUGGCUACAACUAAACACAGUAUUGCCACGCUGUCUUUGGGUUAUGACAAUCAAUGCCAUCCUUCAUGAGGACCCUGGAGUUAAGAAGGUAUCUCUCACUCAGGAGAAGAUUGUCAUUAACCCCAUACAGGUUUUAAGAUGUGACAGAAGAGUUUUCAGAUGUGCAAGCAUGCUGGUAAUUAUACUACGAGUUCUUGAGGCAUCACUGGCGGCUUCUCGAAAUUACCUACAGCGGCACCUACAGGACCAGGCACCUUCCAUUAAUACCUCAUCCAGUGCCCUAGGUGACAAUGAGCGGGAAGAGCUUCGAAAGGCACUUAUUGCAACUCAAGAUAGCCUUGCUGUGCAGAUGUUGCUGGAGCCAUGUCUUCCAACAGAUGAUGACAGAGAGAAACCUGGACAUUUAUGGGCACUGAGGGAAGUAAGGAGCCUCAUCUGCUCAUUUCUGCAUCAGAUGUUCAUUGCAGAUCCAUCUCUGGCAAAACUUGUGCAUUACCAGGGCUACAACCGGGACUUGCUGCCGGUUACAGUACCCGGCAUACCAUCUAUGCAUAUCUGCCUAGACUUUAUUCCUGAGUUCCUAAGUCAACCAUCUCUGGAGAAGCAAGUGUUUGCUGUUGAUUUGGUAUCCCAUCUAGUUAUUCAGUAUGCAUUACCAAAGUCCUUAAGUGUUGCACGUCUUGCUAUCAAUACAUUAUCAACUUUGCUUGGAGUUCUGCCAAGUGUCUUACGAACUCAGCUCUUCCUGCCAGUCUUACCAGCAUUGGUUCGAAUUUGUGAAGCAUUUCCUCCUCUUGUGGAUGACACUGUCUCCCUUCUGAUGCAGUUGGGGCGUAUAUGUGCUUCUGAAGCAUCUCUCUCCUACCCACGGGACGUCUGUGUUGGACAGUGGUCAAUGUUAUGUGAAGAAGAUAAAGCAAGAACGCAAGCAAACGAUAAGCUCUGUGUUGAAGUUAAACAUACUUUUGACAGCAUACUGAAGAGAGCAGUUCUCAAAACAAAAAAUUAUUAAUGUUAUGGAUGUGUAAGAAAGUGAUAACAUUGUACCUGAUCAGCUGGUAUAUCUACUAUUUGUCUUCCUUCCUCCACUUUUUGGUAAGAGAGAGUGUUUUAAUUCACCAAAUACAGGAGUGGAAACUGAGAAAUAAUGUUAGUUUUCAUUGCUGACGAUUUCUUUAUGUAUUUUAAAGAAGCACAGAAUAUGUAUUUAACAACUUUUGUAAAUAAAAUUAU